CUUGAGUCUAAGACAUAGAGCAUACCAUGUUGAAGAUGAGCGGGUGGCAGCGACAGAGCCAAAAUCAAAGCCGGAACCUGAGGAGAGAGUGUUCCAGAAGGAAGUGUAUCUUCAUACAUCAUCACACCUGAAAGGAAGAAUCAAAAACCUUCACCACUCUUGACCCUGCCUGUCUGGCUUGGCUGACUGAAGAGCCAGGACCAGCAGAGGUUACAAGCACC